CGCAUAUUUAGCUAGUGGGGCAUUUAUAUGAUCAUACCUUGCCAAACUUACACUAGCAAAUACAAAGAAAGAAAAAAUCUACUAAUUGAGGCGGCUUUAUAUUUACAUCAAUAAGCAAAUAAUGAAUAAACCACCAUCCAUCCAUAAUGGCAGUUCCCAAAGAAGUUAGUUUCCCUGCAUGCCUACUUGUUCUUGGAAUGUUUGUUAUUGCAAAUGCGGUGGAACUUGGUGAUGAUAUAAAGGUUUGUACCAUGGAAUGUGGUAAUUUUGCCUAUGGAAUAUGUCCACGUUCAGAGGGAAGUCCCAUAUGCACCAACUGUUGCUCAGGCUACAAGGGUUGCAAUUAUUACAGUGCUAACGGAACUUUCAUUUGUGAAGGAAGAUCUGACCCCAGAAAAACAAAUAUUUGUACCCAACAUUGUGAUCCAAGAGUUGCCUAUUCAAAGUGUCCUCGUUCGGGAAGAAACACGAUAAUUAAACACACGGGAUGCACCACCUGUUGCACGGGCUACAAGGGUUGCUACUAUUUUGGUCAUGACGGUAAGUUUGUAUGCGAAGGUCAAAGUAGUGAACCCAGGGCUUGCACCUUGGAAUGUGACCCUAAAGUUGCUUACAUGACAUGUCCAUCUUCUGGAUCGACCAAGCUUACUCGAAUUUGUGUCAAUUGUUGUACUGCAAGAGUACAGGGUUGCAAACUCUAUGGCCAUGAUGAAUUUUUACUUUGCACUGGGGAUCCUAGAAAUUAUUUAUCAUUCACACGAUAGUUGCUACUUGCUAAUCAAUAUGUACCUAGUUUAUUAAUGUAUGAAACAAAAGCAUGACGAAGUAUGCAUUGUCACGCUCACUCUUGCUCAUAAUAAUCAUGCCGUAUUGACUUCA